GCGGAAUGCACUAAUGUGAGAUUUUCCGGAGUGUACUUUAGUUUUAGAAGUCCAGACGAAACUUAUUAGACAUAUUUCAAACGCCAUACCUACAUACCACAAAAAAGACAAAACUGCAAAGCGCCGGCAAGUAAAUGGUGCAGCAUUUGGUGCUCAGCUGAAAACAGCAGCAGGGAAAACGAGUCAGAUUUUCCAGCAGCUCAGUUACGAGCCACACGGCUCCACUCGAGCACACAGCGCUCAGUACGACACCCGCUAAGGAUGGCAUGGGUUUGGUUGUCCAGCUGGCUGCUCCUCCUGAGUGUGUGCUGUCCUGGGGGCAGUGAGGAGGUGGCAUCUGAAAUGGAGGACAGAGAUUGGGAGUGGGGCUCUGGUCUGCAGGAGCUCCUGCAUAGCUUCCCCGCUGACAGCCCCUUUGUAACAGAGACACCUGGACAACCGGCCAACUGCACACAGCGGUUCUGGCUGCCCCCAUCCUCCCCUGUGUGCUGGGAUGACAUUGCAGGGCCGGAGGAGUUUGAGCAGACCCGUCUGCUGGUGCUGCAGAACCGUGCGGCGCUGCAGGCUGUGUCCCACGCCAGCGGUCUGGAGGAAGGGGGAGCCUCUUAUGACCAGCAGGCCAGGGAGGAUGUUCAGGGGGUCCGGGCAGAACACUUCAGCAUUGAACAGACAGUGGAGUCUAUGCAGAAGGUCUUCCUCAACCUGGAGGAGAAACGGAGGGAGGGUGGGGAACACUACACUUUCUCCAGUUUAAAGGAGCAGAUUGCAACCACCGUGGACUCCAUAACUGGCAAGGAUCAAACAGCAGCACUUCUGGAACAGCAUCUGUCUAAUCUAGAGCGGAUCUUAGACAUCAUGCAGCAUCGACUAGCCAGACUACUGGCACAUUGAAUGCUGUUAAAAUUCACUUAUUAUUCUCGAGUGCAGUGCAUGUCUGUGGAAACAGGAUUUAACGCAAAAGCAUGCUUAAAGUAUUGUAUCUCUCUAUUGUGUAUUAUAUUUUUGUUUGAGUCAUGACAAUAUCUGUCUUAUUCCCAGUGACUUCAUGUUCUGCUAACACAUCAUUAACCCAUUCAUGUCCAAAUACUUAAUGUAGUAUGUUAAAGAAAAAUGUCAUGGCACCUGUUCUGAAAUGCAAUUGUGUUUAGGAAGAUGUCUUAGAUGCAAGAACAUCUAAAAAUCCUUUUUUUUUUAAUUACAUGUAAUUUUUAUACAUUUGUUCACAGUCAGAUGUGGAUUUUCUGUUGUAAAACCUAGACAAGUGUGAUAAAUGAUUAAAAAAAACGAUUUGAGCUUUGUGCUCAGGCAACCUCUUUGAACAUAGGAACCAAAAUCAAUAUAACAUUUCAGAUACAGACAGAGUUAAGCAUUAUAGAAGUGACAAUAAAAUCCAUUUUAAUACUCAAAGCCUUCAGGCCAUUCUUUUAAGGUUCAACACAAUCUGUGUUGAUGAUUUAAAUAAACAGUAACAUGUAAAAGAAAGAUGGAGAGUUUGCACUACAUGACUAGUCAAUCCAACCAUCUUAAAUGACAGGUGUGUUACAGGACUGGGAAAAGAAACUCAACAAAUAAGAAACCAAAAGUUUAUUGUUGGUAAAAGCAUACCAACAUCAUACAGUACACCAUUC